AGAAUUUUGCCUUCUUCAAAUGUAUCUUAUGACUUUGAUCUUGAACCCCCAACAUCUUCUUUUAAAAAGCCAAAUUUCUGUAAUGAUUGUGUUUGCGGAAUUGGAAGACAACAACAAGGAACAACAAGGAUUAUUAAUGGCAAUAUAACAAACAUUUUAGAUUAUCCAUGGAUAGUUAGCCUAAAUAUAAAAGGCAACCUUUUUUGUGCUGGUAGUGUUAUUACGCGAAAACACAUACUCACUGCGGCUCAUUGUGUGCAAGGAUAUGAUAUUAAAACUAUCACACUUAUCUUGAUGGAUAGUGAUCGACCCUUCAUAG